AUGGAAGAAAGGGAAGAGAGGAGGGAAGAAAAUACCUUAUUUCUUCCCGAAGCAAAAAAAGAUCACUUUUCCGGCCACUCGAAUCAUCACACGACCACGAUAACUCAUCAAUAAACAAACCUGAAUCUAGUCUGUCCUAUCCUGAGUUCACCACAUCACACUGCUUUUUUAUGCUCUCUUUUAGGGGGGAAAGUAAAAAGAGAGAGACCGGAACAAGAAUUGUGUUUGUCUCUUUUCGGAAAGUAACAACCCUCGAGAACUACGUUUUGUAUGCGCACCCAACAGCCCGCCAUGUCGGUAUCCAGCUCUAUGGCCAGCUCUCCAGCUCCCUCCGAUGCUGGCUUGGGAGCUGCAUCUCCGCCAUCAAACUGCCUUUGCAAUCGCAAUCGCAACCAUAACCAAAACCACGCCACCAAGGACAGGAAUUCCUUCACCGAUUCAAUCAUGGCAGCUUCAGUGAGGGAAAAGAUGAAGCUCGCAUCCCCAUCACCGGCGUCUCUUACCAGCUCCAGAUACACAUUUUAUUCUCCCCGUGAGCUUCCACCACUCGAAAUCACUUCACGUCUUCUCUCGGCUUUUAUCCGCGGGACGAGCUCCCUGAUCUAUGUUCUCGCUGAAUAUGAAGCUAUGGAGCUCAUCAGUGACAUCUACACCCCCAAUUUGGAGCCCAACACCCCCAAGCUUUGCGAACUUCUAGCCAUUAUUGCCGUAGGUGCCCAGUAUGAAGAUGUUGGGAGCGAUACCACCAUGGCUCUAUUCAGGAGUGCGAAAUGGUACUUAGACAUUGAGUGUGGGAAGGAUGUGGAUGCGCUGAGGAAAAUGAGAGUAUCAAUGCUUGUUGGGUUGUUCCUAAUCUUUGAAAAAUCCUUCUUUGCCGUGGGUUAUCUAGAUCAAGCGAUUCGCUUAGCAAAAUCCACUGGGGUUAAUCGGACGACGAGGUGCAAACCCUACAGCGAACGAGAAUGGGCUUCUUGGAGGAGGGUAUGGAGGUCUCUGAUAUUUUUAGACGGGUGGAUGGCAUCUAGUAUAGGGAUAAUGCCUAAAAUUGCUCCUGGGGAGGAUCCGAUAUAUGCUGAAGGCUAUCGAACCUGCACCAAUGAUUUCGACGCAUAUCUUCACUCGGAGCUGAUCAAGCUCGGCAUCUUGAUGGGCACGAUUACAAAGAAUAUCUAUGCACCCGCGGCCACAGACUUUGCGUCCAUUGCUGAGUACUCGAAGAAGCUAAGGGCUUGGCAGUCUUCCCUCCCUGAAUCCUUUAGACUCACUCGGAGCGUUAACGAUUCUAAGCAGCGGUCUGCAGUGUUGUUGACGCAUUGCUCUUAUCUGGGCUGCAUUGUUUUGAUGAGUCGAAAAAUUUUGGUUGAGUUGUGUGCAACGCAUGAUCCUCCCGCUGACGAUGCGAGAAGCGGGUUAGCGGACGAAUAUGCCCAAAUGUGUGUUUCUGCCGGCAGACAGCUUGCAACGGUGAUAGGACUAAUAUAUUCAGAGGGGCGAUUGGUACGGCGAUGCUGGCUUGCGAUUCAAUCUGCCUACACCGCUGGUUUGAUUGUUUCUCUUUGUCUGGCUGCUCGCCGAUGUCAGGAGACCACCAAUUCUACUGUUGGUGAUCAGGAUAAUGAGCUACUCGCUAAAUGCGUCGAGGCUCUCAAAUUUUGUGCCCCAUACGAUAAUGUUGCCCAGCGGUACCUGGACAUUCUAAAUUCUAUCCGCCGCUCUAUCGAGUCCGCUACCCCCCCUUCAUCUUCGUCGUCCUCAUCCUCCGGAGGAAAUCCCCCCCCAAAGCGAUUACGCACGUCCCCUCAUCAGGAUUUUAGGCGAUUCCAGUGCCCACGCUUUACAGAUACCGAUCCGGUGACUCAGUUCAUCAUUAGCCUCUUACGGAGCCCGUUUGGGGGGGAUAUGCGUGUUCUGGACGGGGGGAAUCCGCCCUUGGGGGUCUUCCCCGAAAACUGGCGAUUUCUGUGCCCGGAGCCUCCAAGCAACAUCGAGGGGUUUAGAACACCGCUUUUGACACCGGAGGAAGGUACUUUUCAGGCUUCACGCCCAGGGUCAGCACUCUCGGCAAGCCCUAGCACGGAUUCGGAUAGUUUGGAAAGCUCACGGAGGAGAAAGGUUCCAUUCCGUACGAAGGAGGAAUUUGAAGCGUUUUUCAGAAGGGUUGCUUAGAUUUUUUUCCCUCCUUUAUCUUUGACUCCAAUUUGGGCGUGUGGGAGAUUUAUUGAAUAUGAUACCACGUUAAUUUGGGUGAUUGGCGGACACAACGCGGGGUGAAGCUGAAGGAGGGCGGACUCGUUUGUCUCUUUUCUUUUCUUUUCCUAAUCAUCGUCUGAAUUGUGCUUUCCUUUUCACUAUCGUCAUGGGUUCGGAGUGUUUUUAUCUCUCGUGCUUUUCAUUGGGAGAGGGUUGCCAGGUUUGGGGUGUUUCAGUACCCCAUGGUGAUGAUGAUCUUGCGGUACGGUACUCGGGUCAUGCUAUGCUACUAUUAUAGGUCGUCAUACAGUACCGUUUCGGGUCACGUUUAUUAUCUGCCACUCUGGGUGUUUUGGCUGCUCUUAUCAUCAUAUACGUCACGACGUAACACGAACGACACGAACGAGCGAACCAGACUAGUAGAGUUCCCAUGCUAGCUAGCAAUCUAUGGAAUAGACUGGUCUGGAUCUUAUGCUGUUCUAUGGUGGGUGGGCAGACAGGUAGGCAGUUGGGGUGCCGUACUUCGUUACCUAUCUACCGUUCGGUCCAGGUUGCUGUUCGCUCCCGUGGGCCUUGCUUGCUGUGGUGUGUUGUUUGUUGUACUCAGGUAUGGAUCGGGGGAUAGUAUACACGAAUCUUGGGUGUGGGCAAGCGUGAGUGUGAGCGGUUGGGAUUGUCCUGGAUUUUAUUUUCGUUCAUUCUUUUUGAGGGAGGUGUGUGGUAUAAUGAGGCUGAUAUAUUCACAAAGUCUCACUCGAUACUUCCCACUUUCUCCAAAUUGUGAUCUCCUUUUUCUAUAGACUACUGUACUGUAUUGUCAUACCAUACCCCCCCUCUCCACCG